AUAAUUGGAAGAAUGCAGAUAUUUUUCAGUCUGGAAAAUGUUUCGGUUAAAUAAUAAUUACCCUGAUGUGUGAGGAAGCACGCACACGACUUGACUGCAGGAUUGCAAUCCUUUUCUCUUUCUCUCUCUCUCUCUCUCUCCAGGUUUAGCUCCAUCUCAGAGUGAAUCGGGCAUCAGAUGCCAUCACCUGUCGCGAAGCCACACACUGGCGCGAGAGCGCGCACGCAAGAGGUUCAUCAGAUAACGCUGCUGACAGAUUUAACCUGCACAAUGUUUCCAGGAGUUUUUUACAUUUAUCUCCUCCUCUCAUCUCCUCCGUGGGGUGUUUCACACUUUCCAGCGUUUUACUGAUACAUAGGCUACUCAGAUCCAGAAUGGAGUCAUUUAAUAAAUCCAGGUGGGUGGGGUCAGUCCAAGGGGAUUAUAACUCUUCGACCUUUGGACUGGGAUUUUCAGGAACUCCGGUUGGGAAUUACACUGGCAAUGUGUCCGACCAAAGCAUGCCUUUUCAAGGGAGCAGCACGAUGGUUACUGCAAUCAUAUCAUUCACCGUGUUCAUCGUGGGACUCACUGGCAACACUCUGGCUAUCUACGUAGUUUUGCGUUAUGCUAAGAUGAAAACUGUUACAAACAUCUACAUUUUAAACUUGGCCGUGGCUGAUGAGUUGUAUAUUUUGGGCCUCCCUUUCCUUACGACUCAAAACGUACUGUCCUACUGGCCGUUUGGCUCAUUCCUGUGUCGCGUCGUUAUGACAGCUGACUCAUUAAAUCAAUUCACAAGCAUCUUCUGUUUGACAGUGAUGAGCAUUGAUCGCUAUUUAGCAGUAGUGCAUCCUAUCCGCUCCACUAGGUGGCGCCGACCACGAGUAGCUAAAGCAGUUAGCGCAGCGGUGUGGGCGUUUUCCUUCAUCGUUGUUCUCCCCGUGGUGAUAUUCUCUGACGUUCAGGACAUGUUUAACUCAUGCAACAUGAGUUGGCCGGAGCCACGAGAUGUUUGGUCGAUGGCAUUCAUACUUUACACUGCUACGCUCGGAUUCUUCGGCCCCCUGCUGGUCAUCUGCAUGUGUUACCUGCUCAUCGUAGUCAAGGUGAAGUCGUCCGGUGCGCGGGCGGGAUUUACGAAGCGCAGACGCUCUGAGCGGAAGGUGACCCGCAUGGUGGUGGUGAUCGUGGUGGUGUUCGUCCUCUGCUGGCUGCCGUUCUACAUCAUCAACAUCGUUAACCUAGUCUUCAUACUCCCGGAGAACAGCGUGAUGGCAGGGGUGUAUUUUUUCGCCGUCAUCCUGUCGUAUGCCAACAGCUGUGCCAAUCCGCUACUCUAUGGGUUCUUGUCCGACAACUUCAAGCAGAGUUUCAGGAAGGUGCUGUGCGUGCGCAAGACAAACGGCGUGGAGGAUGGCGAUCCCAGUGUGCCUCGGACGGAGAAAACGACGACCCACGAUACGUUCAUGACGCCUCGGAACAAUGACGUUAAUGGACACGUACAGGGCAGCCAGGAUCUGCAGUUACAGUCUUGCAUGAGCGCAUCUGAGAAGCCUCAGCCUGCAAGACCCCAGAUCAUUGGCCAGUCCACACUCUAAACGCUGUUUCUCUCUCUGUCUGUCGUUUCCAUCUUUAUUUCGUCUCCUUUCCUGUGCUCUAUUUGUCUUAUCGUCUCUCCAUUCAUCCCUUCAAUUUGUCUGUAUGUCCACCUGUCUCUCCUUCUGGCUUUUUUGUGGAAGGUGUGGCCUGAGCCUCAAGCCACACCCCUGAGUGUGCCAGUGACUCCGCCUUCCCACACAGCAGAGCUCAGCCUCCACCCGGUGCCCCUCGUUGCCACGCCCAGCUCCAGCCGUGACCUGUGACCCCAGCGGGCCGUGAGAGCCCAUCCGAACAAUGCCAGGAUUCUUUGUUUUGGGUGGAGGGCGCCGUGUUUCAUGCUGGAAAAUGGAAAACCUGGAAAUAUCAGUAAUUUUAAAAUGGCUUGGGAAAUUCUAUGUUCAAUUUAAAAGCUUUAAAAUAUUUAAUCAGCUAAGAAUUACUCUUUGUAAAUUUGUGUAAAACACUAUUUAAAAUCUUUAGUCUGAGGCCAGUCUGUUUAAUAUUUUUAAGAAUUUCAACACAAAAUAUAAUAUCAGCAAAGCAAUUUUUAGUGCAGACUUCUUCCAGCAUGACCUAAUAAGAAGUCUGAAAUAUUUCCUGUUUUAUGUCACUUUACAUUUAUCUGUUUUACAUUUUUCAAAAUCCAAACAUCUUCAGUAAAUUUUCUGGUUUAAAUGACUUUUGUCUCAGACUUUUGGGCCCAACUUUUAAAUAGAGUUUUUAAAAAAGGAUGAGAAAACAAGAGGGAUUUAAAAAAGAGACAGGGCUUCAGAUGCAAGUGAAGGGGAUUUAGAGAUGAUGAAUGUUGGUAUAUUGCUUUUCACACACAUAUACACACACACACACACACACAACAGAAACAUUUGAUCAAUUUCCCUGCAUUAAACACAAAAUAACCUUUUCUCUUUCUCCUCUACGAUCAAAUGAUUAAUGUGAAGUGAACAGAAAAGAAACACACACUCAAAGAAAAUGUAUUAUUUGUAGCUACCUGCUACAGCUGAUUGUGAAAAACUGGUGACGUGUGAGCCCCAUUCGUGUGUACUUUAACACACAUCUGAUCGAUCAUGCACACGCUUAUAAGGGUCAUAAGAUCUGUUACAUAAUAAUAAUAAUAAUAAUAAAGCAAUUAAAGGUUUAAAAGUGAUUUAAGGGAAUUUUAAAAUAAGUUCUAAGUUUGUAGUCAUAUGUGAAGUAGUAAUCACUAAUUCGUAUGUCUAAUAGUCGAAAACGCAAACGUCUCGUCACGUUCAUUACGAUUUAAUCAUGAUCACUUAUUUUCAAUUAAAAAUGGUGAAAUUUCAUCAGAAGUUGAGUAGUUUGCAUCACUAGAUGAACAGUUUUCUAAUACAAUACUUGUUACAUGUUUCCAUGAACUUGUUGCAUUGUGACAGUGACAGUAAGUCCCGCCUACUUUGAUUUGAUUGGAUCUUGAUCAUCAUUGACGAGCGCUGAUGAAACACUGAGGCGUCCAGCCUAAAAGUUGAACUUUUAAAACUUUAUCAUCCCAACCACAAACAGCUUUACUCAGUCUUGUACACAGUGUCUUAUACUGUCUAUCAGCUAUGACUAUUUUAGUCUUUUAAAGGACAAAAUGGGUGGAAAAACAACAUAAAAUGCAGGUCAAGAAGCGAGGCCCUCUAGAGGCGCGAGGCCCUGUGCGGUCGCACACUUGGCACAGCCUUUGGGAUGGUACUGUGUCUCAAUGUCCUUCAAAAACAAAGACUAACAUGCUGUGUUCCUUUCAACUUCAGCAGUCUAAACUUGGAAAAGCACAACACAACUCCAAGACGUUUGAUGUAAUACUUGGAAACACAUUCUAAUACUGGCAGCCAUCUUUAACAUUCCCUUUUAAACAGAUCAAAAUGAAUCCAAUCACAUUACGUGUUAAAACCACGUAAUGCAAAUUUCGCAAAUCAGCCGGUUUCUUAUUGCUAACUAAAAAUAAAACCAUUAAAAAAUGUAUUUACUUGAGAUAACAAUGUUAUUGCCAUAUGAAUUUUCAUAUGAAACUAUCAGAGAUACUAAUGGUUUUCAGAGAGAGAUGUGUGUAAAACACAGUGAAUGCUUCUCUCUGUUCAUCUUUUGGUUGCAGUAUGUAGGUUGAACACCUGCAAGGCAAACAUGUUUUUUUUUAUAUCUUCUUCUGGGGGUCAGCAACAUAACACCAUUAUGGUUGGACUUAUCAUGUGAAUACAGGGAACGCAGCCGUUGACCCUUGACCGACUGGGAGCGCCUCAUCUCUGGGCAGAAACUUCCCUUUCCCCAUCUGGGGACUUGCACAGACAGGUAGAAUGAGAUGUGAAAGAUAGCUUCUGGACAUCAGGAUCCUGGCUAGCGUUCACAUGUCCUAGGGCCUGGGAAUCUGUGGAAACUGGGGCUUUAAAGUACUUCAGGGUGUGGUGCUCAAGGGUUGUGGAGUAUAAGGGUCAAGAUUGCAUUUCCUGAUCUGUAUUGACGUGUUUAAACGGUCCUCUGCUCUCUGCCAAAUGUAGCAAAGUGCCUUUUCUUGUCCCAGAUCAAACUAUCAGACAUUUGAAAAUGUGAGGCGUGUGUAAAGGCCUUAGAGACACAACCCGUUGUUUGCUUUCUUUGUUGUUUAACUUCCCUCGUCGUUUAUUGAUGGGGGCUAUUUCCAUUCAUUUGCUUCAUUGGUAAAUGUUUAUAAGUAUUCAUAUGGUUUAUAUUUAAGAACACUUUUUAAUGUCACUAUGUAAUGUUAUUGUAAAGUUACUGCCAGUAUAAUGGAAACCACACCAACAAAUGUUAGCAUUGCCUUUCUGAAGUGAUUUCUAUUGAUGUUUGAUGUACAGAUGAACCCAUCCAGUGCUGCCACCCUUCCUUACCAUUGGUGGAAGCUUCUAGAAAUGGCUUCAAUGCCUUAGCAACAAAGCUCUUCCUUGUGCAACAGUGUUUAUGUAUUCUGCGUGUCAGCAUGUGUAUUUAGCUGUCCAUAAACGCUAUAUGAAGAAUGUGCAUUGCUUUGUUAAUGCUAGAUGUGCCUCUGAUGACACUCAUAAUUCAGCAGGCAUAUUUAAGGCCUGUUCAUGUCAGCCAGCAAGCUUCAAGAUCAAUACUUCAUCUUUUUUUCUUAAACCCAAAGACUUGUUUGAUUUUAGACUUGUUGGAAGUGUUUUAGGCACGUGUCGGCGGUGCCUUCAAACUGUGAAUGACGCAUUAACAAAUCACUCUGUGCUGAAGAGAUGCUGCGCAAAUGUCAUGUUCAGCAAUGCUGUUGGUAUUAGUAUUACUUUUAAAUGAUUACUCACUUGCUGUUAUUCAUUUGUUUUUGGGAUCCUUAUCAGGAACCUGUGACAUUUGUGUAAGAAAAGUUUCAAUUGCAGAAAACUUCUGAAAAAGUCCCUUCAGAUCAUAUAUUGCACUCUUAAACAUUAACACUUACUAUCAGAAAAAAACUGAUGCCAUUAUUACUUAUGAAAUUAAUCACCAGACCUCAUUAAAUGAGAAUCAAAUAUUUAAGUUGUACUAUGUUUUUGUCUAAAUAAAACAAUGUAUUCAUUA